AUGAGGCUUGUCUUGCUUGCUUCCGAACAAAACGCCAAACAGACCAGACCAGAAGACAGAACCCCCUUUCCCGCUGCGGUAAACAGAGAGAUUGUAAAUCAAGGCUUGAAUAACCUAACUAAAAUCUCCAUCCCUCUACAACAACAAGAUGGUCAAGGAAAUGUGCACUCAGGAGCACCACCUCCUUGGUUUGAUCAUCUGAAUGUUGGACUAAAAUCUGAAAGUCGGUCAAGUGGUUCUCUUUCGAAGCAAGGAGGGAAAAGUAAAUUGAACCCAAAUCGAGUGGGAGCUGCUUGGGCAGAGCAACGAAAAAUCGAGAUGGAAAUGGAGAAAAGGGGAGAGAUUGUUUCCAGAGAUGUGGAUCCAAACUGGCUUCCAAAUUUUGGAAGUGUUUGGCAAUCAGGCACCCGGAAGAAAUCUAGAAAAGAAUUUGAGUCUGAAGAGAAGAAAAAAUCAACUAAUUAUAAAGUUGGUGAUUCUGAAUCUGAAGCGUCGAUUAAGAUUCAGCCAUAUGUUAGUAAAACAAUGGUAAGCUCAAAUUAUGAAUUGUUUGAAUGA